AUGGCCGGUGUCUCCAUGUUCAAGCGCUUCGUCGAACCGGGCCGUUUGGCCCUCAUCACCUUCGGCCCCUGCGCGGGAAAGAUGUGCACCAUCGUGGAUAUCGUUGAUCAGAAGCGAGUGGUGGUCGAUGGUCCUGAGAGUGUGACUGGGGUGCGCCGCCACAUGAUGCCCAUCAAGCGCUUGAGCCUCACCGACUUCCGCAUGAAGGUGAAGCGUGGCUGCCGCGAGAAGACACUGAAGAAGGCUCUGACGGAGGGCGAGAUCAUGAAGAAGUGGGAGGCCACCAGUUGGGCCAAGAAGCUUAAGACUCAGGAGACCCGAAAGAACAUGACGGACUUCGAGCGCUUCAAGGUCAUGGCGGCGAAGCAGAAGCGAUCCAAGGAGGUGAAGAAGGCCCUCAAGAAGAAGUGA